GUCACCGAAUCUAUGACGGCCCAUUUUCCUUUUCCUCUAUCCUGCCCCAAGCUCCGCUCCACUCAAAAGAUAGAAGAGGAAAACGGAGGGAAAGGUAACAGAGAGGAUGGCACUAAAGCUGUGGGCUUCUUCAACAGCCAAUGCACUGAAAAUCUCCUGCAGCGGCGCCAAAACUCCUCCUCUCCUCCCCUUCUCCAUCUCCAGAUGCUUCUCUUCUGUUUUAGAUGGACUAAAGUACACUUCUUCCCAUGAGUGGGUAAAGAACGAGGGCUCGGUGGCUACCAUCGGCAUCACCGACCAUGCCCAGGGCCAUCUGGGAGAGGUGGUGUUUGUGGAAUUGCCGGAAGCUGCGAGUUCAGUUUCCAAAGGAGGCAGCUUUGGAGCAGUGGAGAGUGUGAAAGCAACUAGUGAUGUUAACUCCCCUGUUGCUGGUGAAGUUGUUGAAGUGAACACCAAGCUAACUGAAACACCUGGUCUGAUCAACUCAAGCCCUUAUGAAGAUGGAUGGAUGAUCAAGGUUCGACCCAGCAGUCCAUCGGAGCUGGACUCACUAAUGGGUCCAAAGGAAUAUACGAAGUUUUGUGAGGAAGAAGAUGCUCACCAUUAGAGCAAGAUAUGCAUGGGUGCUAGUUCUCUCUGGCUUUGUGCUUCAUCCCAAGAGUAAAGGUAUCAAUCAGUUGGUUGAGUCUGUAAAAAGCACUCAUGUCAAUGGUUAAAGGCUAAAGCCAUUCAGUUAAUUCUAUUUUCUUUAUUUACAACCUUUGUCUUUGAUUGCUAUUAUAGUCUGCCUCCCCUCAAUUCCUUUAACUUUGGUAGUUGAUGCUUCCAAGUCUAAUCACUCUACGUAACUUCAUGCAAUUAAGCCCAUGUUUGUUUCCACUUC